AAUAAUAAGAAAAAAAAUGAAAUUCCUUGCUUCUGAAAAUAUUUCAGCCUUAUUUCACAUUACUUUCCUUCAUAAAUAUAUGUUUAAGCCAAAAUGGACUCUUUUCCAUUCUUUGGUCUAGUACUAUUGUUUUCUGCCCCAUGUGUUAUUAAACUUAUUCUCACUGCCUUGGAAUACAAUUCCUCUUCAGACCCUUCGUGGCUGAAUUUUUUUCUCUGACAUCCAUUAUGCCUUCCUUUAUUCUACCUUGUCCUCACCAGGGUGAAAGUGUUCUCUCUUUUCUCAAAUUUACUUUGAAUAUGUUAUAUUUCUUUAUUGUUCGAGUCACACUUUACUUUGUAUUUAUACUAUAUAUAUUGUGUAUAUAUUGUACCUAUGUUUCCCUGUGCCUUCUUAGACAGUAAGCUGCUUGAAGCUUAGAACUAUAUAAUUUUCUUAAAAAUUCCACUCCCUAGCACUGUACUUUACUCAUAUUGGGCACUUAAUAAUGGAUAUUGAUGUGAUUUGUUUUGAGGUUGUAUCCUGGUAUAUUGAAAGUACUGGGGAGGCAACUUGGUGGCAGGAAGACUGGAUUUGGAGUUAGGUGACUUGGGUUGAGACUCUAGAUCUGACAUCUAAUUAUGUGCAGGUUAUCACUCUGAAUCCAAAGCUAAAGAAUAUAAACAUGUGUGCAAAAGAGCUUGCCAAAAGGCUAUUGAACAACUACAGGCUGGUGCCCUAGCAACAGAUGCAGUGACUGCAGCUCUAGUUGAACUAGAGGAUUCCCCUUUUACAAAUGCAGGAACGGGUUCCAAUUUAAACCUUUUGGGUGAGAUAGAAUGUGAUGCCAGCAUUAUGGAUGGAAAGUCCUUAAAUUUUGGAGCGGUUGGAGCAUUGAGUGGAAUCAAGAAUCCAGUUUCAGUUGCAAAUAGAUUGUUGUGUGAAGGGCAGAAGGGAAAACUCUCUGCUGGCAGAAUUCCUCCUUGCUUUUUAGUUGGAGAAGGAGCCUAUAGAUGGGCAGUGGAUCAUGGAAUACCCUCAUGUUCUCCAGGUGUUAUGACUACAAGAUUCAGUCUAGCAGCCUUUAAAAGAAACAAGAGGAAGUUAGAGCUGGCAGAAAGGGUGGAAACAGAUCUCAUUCAACUAAAGAAAAGAAGACAAUCAAGUGAAAAGGAAAAUGACUCAGGAACUUUGGACACAGUUGGUGCAGUGGUUGUUGAUCAAGAAGGAAAUGUUGCUGCUGCUGUUUCUAGUGGAGGUCUAGCUUUGAAACAUCCUGGGAGAGUUGGUCAGGCUGCUCUUUAUGGAUGUGGCUGCUGGGCUGAAAAUACUGGCGUUCAAAAUCCUUACUCUACAGCUGUAAAUUGUUAUCAGAAAUAUGUAUUAAGAGAUUGUGGGAACAGAGUGGCAGAAUGGAGAAUGGAUCAGAAAAAUCAAAGCUGUGGAGAGCAUCUUGUACGUACAAUACUGGCCAGAGAAUGUUCACAUGCUUUGCAAGCUGAAGAUGCCCACCAAGCUUUGCUUGAAACUAUGCAAAACAAGUUUAUCAGUCUUCCUGACUCCAGGACCAGUCCUCUGUGCAGUUCACCUUUCCUAGCCAGUGAAGAAGGUGUACUUGGAGGGGUGAUAGUUCUUCGAUCUUGCAGAUGUUCUGCAGAACCUGAUGCCUCACAAGACAAACAGACACUUCUAGAUGAUGAAACUGAAGCUCAUAGAUGCAACCUGCCCAUGGCCACCCAGCAUCAGAGCCACAACUCAGACCCCAACAUAGUCUCACUCUUAAUGAUGUUAGUGCUUUUUCAAUGGAAUUUCUAUGGAGUCAUACAACUGAGAGCAUGUGUGUUGGAUAUAUGUCUGCUCAGGAUGGCAAAGCCAAGACUCACAUUUCAAGACUUCCUCCUGGCGCUGUAGCGGGACAGUCAGUGGCAAUUGAAGGAGGAGUUUGCCGUUUGGAGAGCUCAGUGAACUGAACACCUCUAGCUCAGCAUGAAGUGUUUAAAUGGCACUUUGGGGAUCUGAGCUAGUUUUAAAACAGAUAUUGGGUAUUUUAUUCUCAUUUUAUCAUUCUUACUGCAACCACGUGCACCAUAACUUGAGACACAAGUGCUGCUGUAGUCUCUACUCUUAGUGAUGUGUGAGUGUGUGACAGUGUAAGGGUAUGACUAUGUGAGCAGAUGUAUGUGUGUGUGUUUCCCUCAAUGGAAUAGAAUCUCCUUUCCUCAUCGUGCAAAUAAAAACCAGGUAUAAUUAAAUUAACAUCAUAAAAUUUUUACAAUGUUUACAAAAAUGAGCUAAAUUUGCAGGAAAAACAUUUUGACUUAUUAAAGCUGUAGCAACUGUCUUUCCUGUUAAGUUUGAAAUGAAAAGAAUUCAUAGCUAGUUGUUUAUAUGAUUGAACAAUGGUUGUGCUACAUUUAUUAUAAUAAUUAAUAAUAAAGGUUCUUUAUUUUUUAAUGGUUUAAGUGAACUCAUUGGUGACUUAAACCCUUAUCCUCAUCCCUAAUACAGGGCAUUUUUCUUUAACAAAAGAAUGGUUUCAGUGAAACAAUCUAGCUAAGAAUUAAGGCCAGACCUUUUUAAAACUAGUCUUACGUAUGAUAAAGGUUGUACCUCUUUCCUCAAGCUUUUAUAAGCUUAAAUGUUGCCUAGCUUCAAGCUCUAUAUACUAUAUUAUGAAAUUACCUAAAGAUAGAGUACAGUAAUGCACAGUCUUUAGUUUGUGUAUAAUGGAAUAUUAUUUGCAAUGUAACACUGUAAAUAUGGCAAACAAAGUUUAUGGAGAGAUUCAAUAUUAUCUUUGUUCCUUGUUUAAAUAUAUUUUUAAGAUAAAGGUGCAAAAAUAAAACAUACAUAUUACUGUC